AUGGCAACCACCGUUCUUGAGCACUGUCAAGUUACCCCGCCACCCGAUGCAACUCCUGAGUUUUCACUCCCUAUUGUAUUUUUCGAUUUGAUAUGGUGGGAUUUUCCUCCUAAUCAAAGUGUUCUCUUCUUUGAUUCUCCCAUUUCCAAGUUCCAUUUCUUAGACACCAUUGUUCCCAAGCUCAAACAAUCUCUCUCCCUCACUCUCAAGCAUUUUCUUCCACUAGCUGGCAAGAUAAUCCACCCUUUAAUCUCCGGCAUGCCCAUUUCUCUUUACGCUGUUGGGGAUUCUGUUUCUUUAACAAUUGCUGAAUCCAGUGCUGAUUUCAAUGACCUUACUGGAAAUCAUCCAAGGGAUUCUCGUGAAUUCUAUUCUUAUGUCCCUCAAUUGCCACCGGCAACCCGUUCUUCUGACUCCAUUCGAGUUCCGGUCUUGGCUUUGCAAGUAACUGUAUUUCCAGAAUAUGGCGUAUGUUUUGGAUUCACCAACCAUCACGCUAUUGGGGAUGCAAGUACAGUCGUAUCUUUUAUACAGUCAUGGGCUUCAAUCAACAGAUUCAAUGGAGAUAUUCAAUACUGUUCGCUGCCAUUAUUUGACAGAACAAAUGUUCGAGAUCUUAAUGGACUGGAUUCAGUAUAUUGGGACCUAAUAUUGAAGUUUUGUGACUCUUUGGAGCCUCCGCUCAUAAACCCGCCAACCAAUAAAUUCCGGGCAACAUUUGUCCUCAGGGAAGAAGAUGUCCAAAAGCUGAAAAAACUAGUUUUGUCCGAGCGGAAAUCAGUAACCCAUGUAUCCUCUUUCACGGUCGUAUGCGCCCUUGUGUGGAUUUGUUUAGCAAAAUCUGCCACAGAAUCCGGGGAGGUGGUGGCUGAUGAUGAGGUGGAGCAUUUCAAUUUCGUGGCAGAUUGUAGGUCGCGAUUGAAUCCCCCCUUGCCAGCUACAUACUUUGGCAAUUGCGUAGCACCUGUACUGGAGGCGAAAUCGAGUCAUGGAAAAUUGAAGGGAAAUGAUGGGUUUCUGAUUGCAACAGAAUCAAUUGGACAGGCCAUUGCCCGAACGGUGUUUAAUGAGAAGGGAAUAUUGCAUGAUGCCCACAAUUGGCCUGCCCAGUUCGAAGAAUUGAUCGGAAAGCGGCAAUUUUCGGUGGCGGGAUCUCCAAGAUUUGAUUUCUACAGUGUAGAUUAUGGAUGGGGACUGCCGAAGAAAUUUGAAGCUCUUUUUAUUGAUGGUGAUGGAGCCAUAUCCAUCUGCAAAUCCAGGGAACCUGAGGGAGGCAUAGAGAUUGGUUUGUCCAGACCAAAGAUUAGCAUCGAUUCCUUUGUAACGACAUUCGCCGAGGAGCUUAGAAAUUUAUUACCUUAA